AAUUUUUCCGUAUAUUGGCACUACUGAACUAUUAGUCAUUUAAAAAAUGUUAAAAUUUCAUAUUUCAUGCGCAUUGUAUUCGUGUGGACUGUGGCAGUUGGUGGUGUUGGUGUAAUAGAAAAUAUUAAUAAAUUACGUAGACUCUCUAUUUGUGAAAUUGUGCAAAUUUUUAAUUUCCUUGGAGGAAGUGUGAUGCUGUAGAGAAUAUACGAGUCAGCUUCGGAACAUUAUCAUGAAAAUGGUCUUGUCUCAACGCCAGCGAGAAGAGCUUAAUAAAGCCAUCGCUGAUUACCUCAGCAGUAAUGGGUAUACGGAUGCCUUGGAAGCCUUUAAGAAAGAGGCCGAUAUGCCGGGAGAAGUCGAAAGAAAAUUCGGCGGUCUUCUAGAAAAAAAAUGGACGUCGGUCAUCAGGUUACAGAAAAAAGUAAUGGAAUUGGAAUCGAAAUUGAACGAAGCCGAAAAGGAGUACAUCGAAGGCGCGCCCACACGAAAUAAACGAACCCCAUCGGAAUGGAUACCUCGACCUCCGGAAAAAUUCUGUCUCACAGGUCACCGAGCGCCUGUGACUCGAGUAAUUUGUCACCCUGUAUUCAGCUUGAUGGUAUCUGCGAGCGAAGACGCCACGAUCAAAGUAUGGGACUUCGAAACAGGCGAAUUUGAACGUACCCUCAAAGGCCACACGGAUUGCGUUCAGGAUAUAGCUUUCGAUACAUCCGGAAAAUUAUUGGUGUCUUGUAGCGCAGAUAUGAGUAUAAAAUUAUGGGAUUUUCAACAAACAUACGAAUGUGUACGUACUAUGUUGGGACACGAUCACAAUGUUUCUAGCGUAUCCUUCAUGCCGGCUGGUGAUUUCGUUAUUUCGUCUAGUAGGGAUAAGACCAUCAAGAUGUGGGAAGUAUCCACCGGAUAUUGUGUCAAAACGUAUUCCGGUCAUCGGGAUUGGGUGAGAAUGGUACGAGCAUCGCCGGAUGGAACGUUAUUAGCAAGUUGCUCCAACGAUCAGAGUGUCAGAAUUUGGGUAGCCUCGUCUAAAGAAUGUAGGGCGGAAUUAAGGGCGCACGAUCACGUAGUUGAAUGUAUAUGUUGGGCGCCGGAUUCUGCAGCUGGACCGAUUAAUGAAGCUGCCGGAGCUGAUAAUAAAAAAGGGGCACAUAAUGGACCUUUCCUCGCUUCGGCUUCUAGAGAUAAAACAAUUAGGAUAUGGGAUGUCGGUGCUGGUAUUGCUCUAUUUGUGUUAACGGGACACGACAAUUGGGUAAGAGGAGUAGUAUUUCAUCCCGGAGGCAAAUUUUUGGUAUCUGCUAGCGAUGACAAAACGCUUAGGGUUUGGGAUUUGAGGAAUAAACGUUGUAUGAAGACUCUGGAGGCACAUAAACAUUUUUGCACAUCUUUGGAUUUCCACAAGGCGCACCCCUACGUCAUCUCGGGCAGUGUAGAUCAAUCUGUAAAAGUGUGGGAAUGUCGUUAAAUUCCACACGAGUGUCGUAAUAACUAGAUUUCUUUUUUCCAAGCGGGUCGAAAUAAGAAUGUUCUCGAAAAAAUAAUGACACUAGUUCCGUUAAGAUCAACCAGUGCGUGCAAGUAGAACGUUUCAGCCCUGGUACAGAUUCCCUUUACCCCUUUUUAUUUUUUCUUUUAAAUAAAAAAAGUUUAUUUAACAAUAUUAUUUAAGAAAUAACUUAUAUAUAUAUUUUUUUUUGUUAAUUUUAAUCCACAGCUCUAGAAGUUUCACGUGUAAUUUUUACUAUGUUGAAUGUUUUUUUUAAUGCAUACGAUAUUUGUAUAAUUCUUAUGUUUCUAUGUGAUAUUCUAGUGGGAUUUUUAGAGCGUAACUUUAGCAUAUAUUUAAAUAUAGAUGCUUUUUAGAAUAACUUGCAAAAAUCGUGAGUAGCUAAUUAUUUAGAUAGCGGGAGUGUGGUUUUACCAGCACUGGUUACAGAUCCCGGACAACUUAUUUCAACAAUUAUAUAUAUAUAUAAAAAAAAUUAUAAUUCUUCUGCUAAACAGCAUUAUUGCAACCACUGUUCAAAUUUAAACUGGUAUUUUUUUGUGAAAUCAACCUCAAUUACUUCGCCAAAAGAACUACCAAUAUUCAUAGAAAUUGGAUAUUUUUUUCUACUAAUUGUAACUUUUCAUUAUAUCCAGUUAGAGGUACCCAAACGAUGAAAAAAUACUGCGGACAAAUAUUAUCCAAAGUUUUUAUUUCAAAAUGUAAAAACUGUAGGUCAUUUCGAUAACUUGUGGAUAAACUGACCCAACAGCUGCCGUACUUGAACUAUUUCAUCUGAAAUUGUUUAUUUACCAUACAAACUCCACAAUACAAAAUCAAAAGAGAAAGACCACAAUUAAACUAAAAGAAGUUAAGUAAUCGGUUUGUUUAAACAAUUUCACAUAGUUUCGCAUCCAUGGAAAUCAUUCGAAACCUAUAGAACGAUUUUUUUUGUGUAAAAGUGUCAUUUUCUAAUUUUGACUCCAUUUUAUAAAAAUUCUUAUAUAGAUUACAACUAUGUUUAAAAUAUGUCAAUUUUUCUAGUAAAAGAAAAUAAAUAUCAGUAUUUUUAACAAACACAGGGGAUCGAACAAAAUCUUCGGAAUCGUUUUAUUUUCAAGAGCCAUAUUAUAGAAUAAAUACUCCAUAAUAAGUCACAGUGGUAGGAUUAAAUAAAUGAUUCAAUACCACAUUGUUUCUAAUCGCUAUCAAACGUGUAGAAUUGUUCUGUAUUGAUUAGAUACCUUGAGGUUCAUUUGAACUACUAGUAUGUGAUUUUCAUCUAACGUAUAGAAGAAAUGAAACCUUUUUAUUUUACCAUUUUGAUUAAUAUCCGGGGAUACAUUUGAACUACUGUAAAAAAACUAUACGGAUUUUGACAAUUUAACUUAUAUCUUUGAACUGUACGAUAAUAUCAAUUGAAUAGAUACCUUGAGGUUCAUUUGAACUACUAGUAUAUAAUAUUGAAAGUUAACAAUAUAUAGAUUACACAUUUAUGUAGUAGAAUUUGGCACAGAUAAAAUAUAGCAAGAUCCAGUUUAUAUCCUAUUAUGUGACAUAAUAAAAUUUCUUUUUUUGUCAAAAUCUGUUAUAUUUAGUUAUUUUUUUUAAAUCUUACUCUUGAAAAUUUAUUCUGUUAAUGGAUUUGAGUAACUUCUAAUUUUUUAUAUGGUAAUCUCGCUCCGCAAAAGAACCAACUCAAGUUUUGUCGAUCUUUUGAGCGUUUAGUACUAGUUUUAUAUGAAAAAAAUAAACAAUCGUGACAACAAGUUUAAUAAACUAUAACUGCUAAUUAAUUUCGCGUAUAUUCCAUGUAGUUAAGAUUUCCUCAAAAGGUAGACGAAGUUUUCUCAGCUUGCUUGAAUCUGCAUGUUGCACAACUAUUUAUGUAACCACUCGUGUACUUUCACAUGCAUAUAAUAUUGUACUCUUUAAUAGAAGUUGUGAAUAAAUACUUGUCUGUAUAUAUUUAAGAAUAAAAUUUCUCCCAAUGAG